AGCCCAUGCCGUUUUUUGAUUAGGUUGGUCGGUUCCACAAAAGCCACUAGGACUUAUCCCUCUCUCCUCCAUGGCAUCGACAGUGGCGGCAACGACCUCCGUCUUUGCCCGCUCCUCGACUGCUCUCAAUCCCAAUCGUGUCCAUCUCCGCUUCUUUGCUCCUCGUCCAUGCCGCCCUCUUGGGCGGUUUCGCUUUCUCCCCAUCAGAGCUCUCUCCUCUCCCAACGGCUUCUUCAACCCCAUUGAGGUCUGCGUCAAGGAAUCGGUUACAGUUCCCGGAAAGCUCGGUGACUGCCCCUUUUCACAGAGGGUUCUGUUGACUCUUGAGGAGAAAAAUCUACCUUAUGACAUUAAGCUAGCUAAUCUUGCUAAUAAGCCAGAAUGGUUUCUAAAAAUUAGUCCUGAAGGUAAAGUUCCCGUUGCUAAACUUGAUGACAAGUGGAUUGCUGAUUCUGAUAUUAUCACGCAAUUAAUUGAAGAGAAAUGUCCUGAGCCACCUUUGGCCGCUCCUCCUGAGAAGUCUUCAGUUGGUUCAAAAAUAUUCUCAGCCUUUAUUGCUUUUCUUAAAAGCAAAGACCCCAAUGAUGGGACAGAGCAAGCUUUGCUUACAGAGCUGACAGCGAUUAAUGAGUAUCUAAAAGAAAAUGGUCCUUUUGUGAAUGGUGAAAAAAUUUCGGCAAUUGAUUUGUCCCUUGGACCUAAGCUAUACCAUUUGGAGAUAGUUCUUGACUAUUACAAAAGUUGGUCGGUUCCUGAAUCUCUUACAUUUGUCAGGAAUUAUAUGGAAUCAGUUUUCUCAAGGGAGUCUUUUGUUAAAACUCAAGCCCUAAGGGAGGAUGUAAUAGCUGGAUGGAGACCAAAAGUUGAAGUUUAAGGUUUUGUUUGGGACAGCUUUCUUCUUGCUUUCUAAAAUAACUUUCUAGUACAAAAAUUUCUUAAAAACUGUUUUAGAAAGCAGUAUAAAAGUUGUACCAAAUGAAACCUAAAUCUUCUAUUACUAUUUCCUUGUACAAUCAGAACACGGUGUCAGCUGUCAGGAUGCAAAUAAAAUAGUAUGUAAAUUGGUCAUUUUGAAGAGCUAAGCAUAUUUUGCAGCCUGCUCUGUAUAGCAUGAGCCUUUUUUUGUUUAAAGCACAUUAUAUUUGUAAUUGAUCCUUUUGAAGACUUGUGUGUGCA